GGUCAAUUUCCAGGGAGGAGUGAAACAUUCUAAGUUUUUAGUUGAAGAAUUCGGCAAUUUCUCUACCUUUUGCUGCUCAAUUUGAUGUAUUUCACACCCACUCUUGUAUAUUGAUGAAACAGCGAGUAUCUCGAUGUGAAAUCUUAGUAGAUUUCGUAGUGAUAGUUGAAUAAUUACUGCUGUCGGCGAAACCAACACUGGGGUAGAACAAAUUGCCACAAUCGCAGCACGAUGCCAUCGCUUCCCACUCGGGUGUCCAAUAUAAAAGAUCCAAAUGUGCAAGCUCUCUUCUCCGACGAUGAUCCUGAAAAGUUGUUUGAAGAUCUACGAGAAAUUGGACAUGGCAGCUUUGGCGCUGUCUAUUAUGCAAGAAAUACCAAGACCAAUGAGGUAGUAGCUAUUAAGAAGAUGUCGUAUAAUGGCAGACAAUCACAUGAAAAAUGGCAAGACAUUAUAAAAGAAGUAAAGUUUCUGAGUCAGUUGAAACACAGACACUGUAUAGAAUAUAAAGGUUGUUAUCUUAGAGAGCAUACAGCAUGGCUGGCAAUGGAGUACUGUAUCGGGUCGGCAUCUGAUAUUAUUGAAGUUCACAAGAAGCCGUUAGCAGAGAUUGAGAUAUCGGCCAUAUGCAGCGACGCUUUAAAAGGUCUUGCGUAUCUCCACGCUAAUAACCGAAUUCACAGAGAUGUCAAAGCUGGGAAUAUUUUACUGACUGAUAAUGGCACAGUUAAAUUAGCUGACUUUGGUUCAGCCUCCUUUGCGUGUCCGGCCAACUCAUUUGUGGGCACUCCAUAUUGGAUGGCUCCUGAGGUCAUAUUGGCAAUGGACGAAGGUCAGUAUGAUGGAAAAGUUGAUGUCUGGUCGCUAGGAAUUACAUGUAUUGAAUUAGCGGAAAGAAAGCCACCACUAUUCAACAUGAACGCUAUGAGUGCACUGUAUCAUAUAGCACAGAACGAUCCGCCAAACUUGAGUGCCGAAACAUGGUCAGAUGCGUUUCGUGACUUUGUAGACACUUGCUUGCGAAAAGAUCCUCUCGAUCGGCCGCUAGCAGAAGAGCUUUUAUCUAAACAGUUUUGUACAAAGGACCCGCCUUCUUCUGUUAUAAUAGACCUGAUAGAGAGGACAAAAAAUGCUGUUGAGAAGCUAGAUCAUUUGAAUUACAGAAAAAUGAAGAAAUUACUUGGUUACAUUGACAAUGCUGGUCAUGAUCUGCCAGUGGACGAUGGAAUUCAGGAUCACGUCUUUCCAGUUUCUGAUCAGAAAUCCAAUAGUGUAAAUAGCCAGCAAAGUAGCAGUGUUAGCGGUAGUGUUAAUAGUUUGCCUGGGGCUACGUCUGAAGUUGAAGACCAAUCAAUUGGAAUUCGCAGGUAUACGCACAUAAAUGAACGGAAAUGGUCCGAGUUAAGCAUGAUUAGUCUCAAUUCCACCAAUAGCAUGACUAGCGACACAGAGCCAACAGAAAUCAGUGCCCCCAACCAUAGCCCCAUACAUGCCAACAAUUUUGCCACAAUACGUACGACGACGAUAGUCAGUGCCCAGGCGCACGCACACAAGGAUGAGAACGAACUGAGAGAGCAGAUGACUGGCUACAAACGAAUGAGGCGACAGCAUCAGAAACAAUUACAGCAGCUAGAAAAUAAGGUUGCUGCCGAAAUGGAGGAACACAAGCAAAAGCUUGAUAAAGAAUUUGAACAAGGGACGCACACCAGCGGAAAGGAAUUAGAGAAGUUGUUACAGAGGCACCAAUUAGAGCUGGACAGAAAGAACAAGGCGAUCACCACAGAGGAGAAAAAAAUGUACAAGGGAAUAUUACAGUUACAGGAUGUGGAACUAAGAAACUUUCAAGCUCUUCAGAAAAAGGAAUAUAAACAAAAUAAAGAACAAAUAAAAAAAGAACUGGAAAGUAUACCAAAAAGGGACCAGGAUUUGAAAUUGCGAGAACACAAGGAAACUUUACAGCAAAAGCAGCAAGAAGCAGAGAAUAGCCUGUUGAAAAGCCACAAAGGUCACAUUGAUUUGGAAAUCAGAAAAUUCAAAAGGUGUCAGUUGCUGGCAAGACACUCACUAGAACAAGAUCAAUUGAGAGAGGAGCUUAUGAAGAAACAAGCGAUUACUAGCUACGACCACUCCAUGUUGUUGUCACACCAUGACUGUACGCAGAAUCUUGAAUACAAACAUAUGCGUCAGAUACAGGACAUGAGGAUAGAACAGAUGAAGAAACAACACAUGACGGAACUCAUGAAUCAGAAGGAGUACACGAAACGUGUUGAGAGAGAACUAUCGAAGAAACAUGCCCUAGAAACCAAACAGCAUCCGAAAAACCUACGACAAAAAGAGGCACUAAUCAGGAAGCAGUUUCAUGAUGCGUGUAAAACGCAGUCAAAGCAGUACCAAGCAUUGAUAGAGCAGGAACUGAGGAGAACUCCUAGAGAACAACAGAAAAUAGUAAAACACAACCUCAAAGAAGACAAGAGAAGAAAAUUAUCUCAGCUCGGAGAGCAGUAUAACCAAACUAUAUCUGAAAUGUUACAGUCGCAAUCGUUAAAACUUGAUGAAUCACAGGAAACUGACGUUGAGAAAUUGAAACAACAACUGGAAAUUGAAAUGGAACAGUUGAACGCAUACCAAGUCAAAACAAAAAUACAAAUUGAGUGUCAGCACGAAAAGGAGAAGCGAGAAUUACAAGAAAAAGUUUCUCUUCGAAGGGCUUUAUUGGAGCAGAAGAUGGAAGAAGCCAAACUGAAGUUCCAGAAUGAAAAGUCAGAGCGGAUACGCAGGUUACACGAACGUCAAGCAAAAGAGAUUGAGACAUUUGAUGACGAAAGCAUACAGCUGGGUUUUAGUGCAAUGACGAUAGCCGAGAUGCAGCGCCAGUCAGUUGACCCCAAUGGUGGUUUCGGAGACGCUGGACCAGGUGGCAGAUCACUGUAAAUCCAUCCUCGUAGUCUUGAAAUGCUUCUCACGUGUCACCCUUGGCAGUCUAAAUUAAUGCUGAUCUUUUUUUUUUAAAUACUUUGCGAAAAUCUGAGUGGAUUUCUUUAGUAAACUCAGGAAAUGCAAAGCUAUUUUAACAUGCAAGAAGCUCAUAAGGGGAAGGGACACUUGUAAAUACGUUGAUUUCACAGUCAACCACAUUUCCAGGAAACAGAACAGCCUCUAAUGUCAAUGUGUUUUUUUUUUUAAUCUUUAAGUUUUGAUAGAAAUGAUUGAUUUUAUUUUUGUGUGCAUCUGGAAAUCUUUAAACUGAAUCUCGCUCACAGCUACAAAGCUUUUCAGCAUCCAUUACCUCACAUACAUUUAUAUGAUAUUUUUUUAAAAACAAUCCCAAGUUUUGAAGCUGACCAAGACAGAUAGGGUUGUUGGUUGUUGUAAUCUUUAUACUAUUGUGCUAUUAUUGUUUUAAAUUUUUUGCAGAGAAAGUCAAGCCUAUUAACUGAAACAUAAUACUCCAUGUGUCGUUGUCGUCCAUGUGUCGUUGUCGUCAUGAGAAUUUCCUCAAAAUAGGAAUUCUGUCACUGCGCUGAUCAAAUAAUUCAACCGUUUUGGUUUUAUUUGAAUGAUCAUUUCCCUGUACAAUUAACAAGAGUAAUCAAUAUGGUUAAUUAUUCUGUGAUCCGAUCAGCCCGAAAAUAAAUAUAGUGGAGUAUUAUAAAGUACAAUGAUAUUAAAAAUGUGAUAACAUUACAGAUACUGGGCCUUGAAGUAGUGUCUCUUUUAUUACCGGUGCA